AUGUAUGAGGAGGACGUGGAUGAUGCUACUCUGCGUUUGCUCGUGAAGUACGUCUUGCGGCAGUUCACUCACGUAUCCAAUUUGGGUACCCGUCACUUCUUGGACGCCAUGUUUCUGUGGUUUGUUUCCUUCUGUGUGAAGAUAUUGCAUACUAGGGCUGACCAUGAGUCGAUCUGCAAGCCGCAAUCGUUGUUGAAACGCGCCAUGCCACAGCUCGUCAAAUAUGGAGGUAAGAGUCACCCUGUGGUUAGCACAGAAAGCUCAGGUUACGAGGGACCGACUACAGACAUAGAGCCACCGGCGCUGGGAACGCCAGCCAAGAAGAUAGACGCCCGGGCCGGGGAACAGGGACGCGAACAGCAUCAACGCAGCGCAGGUGUGUAG